UAUCCUUGUUUGAGUUGCCGUGGGAAAACGACAUGUUUUGCGGAGCAAAAGUAAAGUGCGAGUACGGACCGCGCAGUUGUCGCCGACAGCCGAGGGAUGUUUGGAGUUGCGCAGGCUUCCUCGUCUGCAAAAUAGGAUCGUAAUUUUUUCCCCUCUCCCUCUCUCUCUCCCUCUCUUGCAAGGGGAAUCGUUCUGUUUGGCCUGCGCUACGGAGACAGACCCGGGGACGGAGGGAAGGAAGAAAGACGGACGGGAAGAGAAAGAGGAGAAAAAAGGAAAAACGCUGAGGGGGGGGGGGUGUCCCACCUCAGAAGCGACAGUAGAAGAGGAGUAAACCGCAACCCGCAGCACUUUGAAGUGAAGGGACCAAAGGACCAGAGGGACACCAGAAGUGAGGACAGCCAGAGGGAUGAGACCGCUGAAGAAACAGGGGGGGCAUUUUCCUCCAUCUGCCAGGGGCAGGGGCGGAAGAAGGAGAGGGGCCUACCAGGCACGCACGGAGAAAGACGGCAGGAGGGAGAGGCGAGAAGGAAGGAGGGAAACGCCUGUCAAAACCCCUCAGCACAAGCCCCCGAGUCCCAGUGCGUCCUCCGAACACAGACAGGCCCCGCCCACCUCCACAAGCUCGUGUAAAGAGCCAAUCACGAACAGCAACGCCGCAAAGAGGGAGGAGUGCGACGAGUCGAGGGAACCCGUAGCAUCUGUAGAGAAGGAGGAGAAGAAGAAUGGAGAGAGGGCAGAGGAGGAUGGGAAGACAACAGGGACAAGUGGCAAUGGCACUCCCGCCAACCAUACUAUAGCGCCUCCUACCUCCAACCCGACAGCCACGCUCACCACAACCACAAACCACAGCCCCAGCCCCUGUUCAGUGUCCAGUCGGAAAACCGCCACCUUUAAGGCCCGCAUCCCCAAAAAGAAAUACACUUACGAGCACUUUGUGAGUAACGAAAGCACCCUAACCACUGCCCCUACCUCCAGCCCUGCUCUGGCACACAACAGUUACUGUAACAACAAUAAAAAUAACAAUAACAUAAAGAUAACUAAUGAAAUUGUCAGCAACAGCAUUGGUAAUAGCAUUAGCAUCAAUAGCAUCAGCAGUAAUACUAACAGUAACAGUCCAAGUGCUAGCAGUGGUGUAAAUAGCACUCCUCAGAGUAAUAACAGUAGUACUUGCAGUAGUAAUGUUAGCAAUAUCAGUAGUAGUAGUCGUAAUAAUAGCUCAGGUAAUCAGCCAUUAGCACCAACCGGAGAUAGUAGUUUCCCCGUGGACGAGGAGGAAGCUCUUAGGACAGCAGCUCCUCAGCGCAAAGAGUCCCAGACCGGGGAAACUGAAGCAGAGGGACCCCCUAACUCAGUGCGCUCCUUCUCCACCGACACAGCCAGCGAGCACUCUGCAGACAUGGAAGUGAUGGAGGUGACAGAACCGAGGCUCCACCCGAGGAGCCCCCAUGGCCCGGCUCCCCUGCAUAACUCCCAUUUUAAAGAGGCUGGUCUCUCAGAGGGGCUUGCGGAGGCUCUAGCCAAGGGCCUGAAGAACCAGAGGGUCUUGGCUCGCUGGCCCUCGUGGAGGACUGGGGAGGGAGACUCGGGACCUCAGUCUCCGGUGUUCAGACCGGGGGUGGUGCGCAGGGUGAGUGGCGGCAGUGUUGAAGUCCAGCUCCAAGAAGAGGAGGGGGUGACACGCUACCCCUUCAACGGCAGAGCCAUGAUGACAUCAUCACCAGGCAAUGAGACAGCCGUGGAUUUCAUCUUAGAUGCCCCCCCACCCGGCACAGCCCCCGUCACCAUAGGAACCCGAGUGUGUGUGCCUUUUGGAGGGGAGGAGGGGGGUCCCCUGAUGUAUAGGGAGGGGGUGGUCUCUCAGGUGGACCCCCACCCUGCCAUCUCCUUCCCUUACCACGUGCUCCUGAACGAGGACAGAGAUGCUGUGGAGGAGCGGGGGGGCGGCGAGAAGGAGAGGGGGGGAGGCAAGGCCCAGGCUGUGUGGGUCUCCAGACAGAGUCUGAGGCUGCUCACCCCUCCCUGGGAGGAUGGUGGGAGGGAGAGCGAGGGAGAGAAGGAGAGGGAGGAACGGGAGAGGGAACGAAGGGAGGACAUGGAGGUGGAGAGGGAGGUGUGCCAGUUGAGUAUUGGGAUGGGGGUGCUGGGCGGAGGGCCGAGGUUGGAGCAUGGCUUCUCCCCUCAAGGGUUGGUAGGGGGGCAUCUCUAUGGAAAUGCACAUCCACCGCUGACCCCUUGUGUAGCGACAGGUGGCCGUGGAGACAACUACCCCGAUGGAGAGAGAGACAGAGAGAGACAGAAACCGCCAAACACCCCGGAGGAAGAUAUGGAGGUGUCUCGCUUCAACAUGGCCCUCUCCAGCGCUCCCAAUCCCGUUGCUGUGAACUCACAGCACCGACAUAUCCUCUCCAAGCCCCCCGGGUACCACCCCUCCUCCCCCAACCUCUCCAUGUCGCGGGGCACAGGGUCGCCACACCUUUCUACACUGGCCAACCCUCAGACGCUCCCCUUGCCGGCCCUGUUAGGACCUGAGAUAAACAUUGCCCCUGCCAGCCUACCUCCAUCCAAGACCACCCCCACCCAAACACCCACCCCCACCCAGGGAGGGGGCUCAGGAUCCUCCUCUGCCUCCUCCUCACGCUCCCGCACCCCUCUCUCUCUGGCCCAGCAAAAGUACAAGAAGGGUGAUGUGGUGUGCACGCCGAACGGCAUCCGCAAGAAGUUCAACGGAAAGCAGUGGAGGCGGCUGUGCUCCCGCGAGGGCUGUAUGAAGGAGUCCCAGCGCCGUGGGUACUGCUCCCGACACCUGUCCAUGAGGACAAAGGAGAUGGAGGCGGCAGGAGUGGUGGCAGUUGCUGGGGAGAGGGGAGGAAGCAGCUCGGGGACAGUCACGCCCUCUGACCUGCGGGGGAGGGCCGGUAGUGAGUUCGACUGGGAUGACACGUCGCGGGAGAGCAGCGAGGCUGGCAGCAGAGCAGACUCCAGGCCCCGGCUGGUGCUCCCCUCCCUCCUCCCCCAUGACCUGUCGUCACGUUUUGACUUCGAUGAGUGCGAGGCCGCCACUAUGCUGGUAUCGCUGGGGAGCUCCCGAUCCGGUACCCCCUCCUUCUCCCCCGUCUCCAACCAGUCGCCCUUCUCCCCAGCCCCCUCGCCCUCGCCGUCACCAUUAUUUGGUUUCCGGCCGGCCAACUUCUCUCCAAUCACCGCCUCCCCGGUCCUCCCACCCCGUAGACACAGGCAGCCCAGCGGGACAGGUGGGGGUGCAGGUGGUGGAGGAGGAGUAGGGGGUGGAAAGGCGGCUACCCCAGGGGGAGGGGAGAGGGAGCGACAUGUUUCAGGGAUCCAAUCCUCCUUCCACACCAACCUGCCGUUUACGGUUCCCAUGAGCCCCAGCAAGCGCAAGCCCGAUGCACCUCUCCCCCCGCCCCCGCCCUCUCUCCACCACGAUUACACACCCAAAAUGGAGCUGGAGCAAGGGGAGCUCAACAACUCCUUCAGGGUGCUCUCCCCACAGACUCCCGCCUCGCACUCCCACACACACACAUCCACCUUCUCCCGCCCGCGAGGAGUGACCACCCCCUCCUCGAGCAGACCCUCUUCCUCUACUGCCACAUCACCACCUCCGUUGCUGGUGUCCCCUACUCCCCCCUCUCCCCUCGCUCCUGACGGAGCGCCCCGUCGCGUGGUCCCUGUGUCCCAGCAGGCUUUGAGGGACUCCCCUGUGAUCGUGAGGAACCCUGAAGUGCCACUGGCCAAGUUUACCGAGUAUCCCCUUGGAAGAGGAGGAGGAGGAGGAGGAGAAGGAGGGGGAGGGAACGUGGGGGAGCCAAAAACCUCCUCAUCCUUUGCAGACCCCUGCCUCGCCCCCAUCACCCCACAGCCCCUCGCCGGCCUACAAGUUCCCGUCCCCAUCAACGCCGCUGCAGCUACGGUAACCAAUGGCACGGUUCUGCUGCGGAGCCCGGCCCCCACGCUGGUGCUAGUGUCACCGACGCCCCCCUCGCUGUCCACCGCCGGCACCUCUGCCCACCACCUGCAGACUCUGUCCGUCACACUCAGCACAGCCACAACAGUACCGACCACCAGUGGGACAGCCAGCCCCAGGGGGAGAGACGGCGAGAGGGUGGCAGCGUUUGGCGGGGAGGUCCAGCAGCCGGUUCCCUGCCACCCCUCUCCUACUGCCCUGCUGCCCCUCAUCCUGCCCGCCGAGAGCCUGCACCCUGCGCCACGCAAGGACAUCAUCAUGGGGCGCCCUGGCACAGUGUGGACCAAUGUGGAGCCUCGGUCAGUACCAGUUUUCCCCUGGCAUUCUCUGGUCCCUUUUCUGGCACCAACCCAAUCAGAUAUUUCCGCUCAGCCAGGGGAGGGCCAGCAACCCAUCAACCACUCCCAAGCGGCCAGCCUGAAGACAGAGCCCACAGAAGCACCUCCUGCGACAGAGAGGGGUCCCCAAGUACGACCUUCCCCCUCCACAGACGAGCCGCCCCCAGAAAGGGAGAAGGGAGAUGCAGAAAAAGAGAGGCCAGACAGCGAGACGGAGAGUGAUGUGGAUGACCCGUUUCUCCCAGGAGUCUUACCUGACCAGCCCCUCUCUACAUCGCCAGUAAAGAGGCGCACUCAGUCCCUCAGUGCGCUCCCUAAAGACGGGGAAAAGAACAGCCCUGGGAAGAGGGAGAAAGACCAUAUCCGGCGGCCAAUGAAUGCAUUCAUGAUCUUCAGUAAGCGGCAUCGAGCGUUGGUGCACCAGCGGCAUCCAAACCAGGACAACCGGACAGUAAGCAAGAUCCUGGGGGAGUGGUGGUACGCCCUGGGCCCUAAGGAGAAACAGAAGUACCAUGAUCUUGCAUUCCAGGUGAAGGAGGCCCACUUCAAAGCCCACCCAGACUGGAAGUGGUGCAACAAAGACCGGAAGAAGUCCAGUUCUGAGGGCCGUGGGGUCCCGGUGGGCAAAGAUAUCAGAGAGAGGAGCAUGUCAGAGACCACGGAGCCCCAUUCUGUGGAGCUGAAGGGUGUCGGGUCAAGUAUGGUCGGGGUGUCUGAGAGAAGUGCAGCUGAGGCCCACGCGGGUCAGUUGACCCGUCCACGAGCCUUUUCUCAAAGUGCCAUGCACAGCCUGGAGCGCAGCGAGAGGGGGAACACGCAGGCCCUGGCAGAGUUGGCUCAGAUGUGUGGCGAUGGAGGGAGUCAGUUCACAGGGCGUGCCCCACCCCUGUCGCAGUCCCUGCGGGGGGUCAGCGAAGACAUGACCAGUGAUGAGGAGCGUAUGGUCAUCUGUGAGGAGGAGGGAGAUGAUGAUGUCAUUGAAGACCCUUAUCCCAGCAGUUCUAUAGACCUAAAGUGUAAAGAGAGAGUUACUGACAGUGAUAGUGAGAACGGCUCUGGAGACGAGGGCGAUCGCAAGAGAGGCUUUGCUCCCGUCAUCUGUUCCUCUGCAUCAUCCUCAUCUCACCCCGCCCCGCAUGGCAGGAGUGUCUCUCUCUCUUCCUACCCCACCACCAAGCGCUAUGAUGAUGAUAGAUCAGGAGGUGGUGGGUUUUCAGACCGUAGGAGGAAGGGAGGAGGAGGAGGUGAGGCUAAGGAUGGAUUUGGUGGAGAGGGAGGUGGAGCAGUGGCUCCUUCUCUCUCUCUCUCUUCUUCAGGCCAGUCAGACAUUUCCAGCUCUCCAGCAGGAGGGCCCACUCUCUCGGCCAUGGGUCCUAUGGGGAUUAGCCCACUAAUUGGCAUGGGUGCUGUGAGGGUGGCUUCCACAGUGGUGACCAACGUUGUGCGCCCCGUGAUCAGCACACCGGUUUCCAUCGCCAGCAAACCCCGAGACGGCGGCACCUCGUCCAGUCCGCACCCUCCAGACCGGAAGUCCCUGACCCCACAGCAGCAGCCAACACAGUUUCUGAUAGGCUCUGGAACAGGAAGCGGGGCAGCGGUCACUGGGGGUGGGUACUACUCCUCAUCAUCACCUAAUCCAGUUUGUGCAGGAACAGGUCCGGGGGGAGUAGUCACUAAUUUGGUGUUAGGCGGGGCGUUUCCUGCCCAGCCUACUGUUCAGCUCAUCAGCCCUUCCCCCCAGCAGCAGUCCCCUCAGCAGCAAGCCCCCAUUGCCCCCCCUGUCUCAGCCUCGCACAACCAAAACAAUGGACCCCUAACCCUGCCACUACUUCAGCCUCAGUUCCUUUCUGCCCCCUCCCUGCCGCCCCCUGGGGGUAAGGCCAUCACACAGGUCCAAUACAUCCUACCCACCCUACCUGCCAGCACAAACCCCAAGAGUCCCCCCCAACAGCUCAGCCAGCCAACGAGUGUCUUCAACCUGCCCACAGCUCCGCCCUCACACGUGUCCUUAGCCAAUGGGAAGCAGCCAGGUUCAAGUUCCCUGACAGGAUAUACCUCAAGUCCUGCAGUGGGAGUAGUCAGUCCAGGGGCAAGAGUGCAAACGCAGUCCCCAGUGCUCCAGGGAAAAAUGCUGGUCCCCAUGGCAACAGUGCGGACUGCAGCAGCCCCUGCACAGCAGUUCCCCAUUGUGGCUCCACCUCUUCCUGUCCAGAACGGCGCUCAGGGAGGAAGCAAGAUCAUCCAGAUUGCUCCCAUGCCUGUAGUCCAGUCACAGCUACCCCAGGGUGGAGCAGUGCACCCCACCAGCCCCUACCCUGUGACGGUGGGAACAGCUGCUGUAGUUGCCCAGGGUUCAGCUCCCUCACAGGCUGUGCUCCUACCACCAGCACCUACCAGGAUCACCUAUGUCCAGUCCACUCCAGGGGUCCCAUCCACUCUGCCACUGGUCUCCACAACGACAGGGUCCUCCCCCACCCAGCAAGCUUUGCCAGCACCAGGAUCUGCGUACGUUCCAUCGCCCUUAGCAACGCUGGGCUUUACAGCCAUUGCGCCCCCUGGACAGACCCUGGUGCAACCUCUGAUAGCAGGUCAGCCACCACUGCUCGCCCCAGCACAGUCCCCACAGCCCUCGAACCCAGCCUCUGCAUCAGGCACCGGGGGCCAGAUAGUCACUGCCAUCUACCCUCCUUCACCCGGUGUCACCAUGGCAACAGGGGUGGUCACCAUGACCACUGUGCCCCCAAGCAUGGUGUAUUCAGUCGCCAGUCCUUCCAGCGUCUCCCCGCACAUUCUGCCCAAGCACACUGCAGCCCCAGCCUUGAUGACACACGCACACAACACCCCACCCCACCUGGAGCGACAGACAGACAGGCACCUGUCUCAGGACAGACAGAUGGACAGGCCGGCUGAGCGGCAGGCUGAGCUCCUGGCACACACCGACAGGCAGCUGGAGAGGCAGACUCAAGUCCCCAGUAAGACCAUCAGUAGCAGCUCAGUGGCUGCUCCCAGUGGUUUGGCUAUCUCAAUGCGACCCUGCAGCCCCCCUCCACAGAUCCACAUACCUGGCAGUGCACCUGGCGCCAAACUACCCCAGCAUCCAGUCAGAACCCCCCAGAAAGUGAAGGCAACAGUGGCUAACAUCCCUGUGGGAAGCUACGAAGCGGGAGGUCGAGGGAAAGAGAGAGACAGGGAGAGGGAGCGGGAAAGGGAAAGGGAGAGGGAGAGGGAAGCCGCAUCCAACACUCGGUUCUCCUUCGAGCCUGAGUCAGCAGGCCAGAUGAGCUCUCCGUCUAUACACCCUGCAGAUGAGCCCCCCUCUUCUGACAGGCCUCCUGAGGGAUCCAGCGUGGGGGACUCCUCUGACACACGGAGCAGGGACAACAUCGCCACCAAGGAGGGUGGUUGGAAGGAAUCCCUGCCCUCUUCUCCUCUGCCCCCUCCCUCUGCUACAGAACCUGCCCUUCCACCCCCUCAGACUGAGAAAGAUGGCCCCCCACCCAAAAAGGUCAAGGCCCGCCCCCCACCGCUCAAGAAGACUUUUGACUCUGUGGAUAAGGUGCUGUCCGAGGUGUAUUUCGAGGAGCGCUUUGCCGAGCUGCCAGAAUUCCGUCCGGAGGAGGUUCUGCCUUCGCCCACUCUGCAGAGCCUAGCCACGUCCCCCCGCGCCAUCUUGGGCAGCUACCGUCGCAAGAGGAAGAACUCCACAGACCUGGACUCCUCCACAGAGGACCCAGUUUCUCCUAAGAGGAAGAGCAGACGGCGCUCCAGCUGCAGCUCCGAGCCAAACACACCCAAGAGUGCUGCCAAGUGUGAGGGAGACAUCUUCACCUUCGACAGAGCAGGCACAGAUGGAGAGGACAUCUUGGGAGAGCUGGAGUUCGAUAAAGUACCUUACUCUUCCCUGCGGCGCACCCUGGACCAGAGGAGGGCGCUCGUGAUGCAGCUGUUCCAGGAGCAUGGCUUUUUCCCAUCAGCUCAGGCUACCGCGGCCUUCCAAACACGAUACUCCGACGUCUUCCCCACCAAGGUGUGUCUGCAGUUGAAGAUCAGGGAGGUGCGGCAGAAGAUCAUGCAGACAGCCGCCCCAUCUGAAGCCUCCAGCACUGGGGGCCCUGACUCCACCCCGUCCCUCCCCGGGCCCUCGGGCUCCCAAUCAGGGGAAGGAUCUGUGGGAGGAGGUGGGGAGCCACCGGGAGAAGAGGCGGAGCGAGACGGAGAGCCGAGCCCAGAGGAGCCUCGUGACUCACAGGACUCUUCAAGAUGAGGGACGCUGCCAAAUCAUAUUGACUGGUUAGCGACUGUUAAGUCAUGCAUCAUGGCCGCCCCUCUCUGCUUUUAAUGUAUUGUUCAGAAGCCACGCUGUCCUCCUCCUCCUCUUAAGGUCGAAUCCUGACUCUUCCUGUGCUUGGCGACCAAUCUCAGAGAGUGAGCAAGACAAAGACGGAGUGUGUAUGCAAUGUUGGGGCAUUGAUGUUUAAGUUUAGAAACUUUAAUUCCUUUUUACCAAAACAAAGGACAUGUGAAAUGCCAGUGGCAUAAAAACACCAUAGAAGAAAGACCACACACACACACACACACACACACACACACACACACACACACACACACACACUUAGCACUCUCAUAUCAACAACCUUGUAUAAGGCUUCCAUUGAUGCCAGUGAACUGUGGACCGUUUAAUUCAACUGCUCAAUAUUUGCCUUGAAGCCGAGUCCUCAUUAGCGUCUGAAAGACUUGUGUAAUCUUUCCCGAGACUCAGUACUCCUUGAGUUCUCAUAUGAACUUAAUUUUGUUUUGUUUUUGUUUUUUUACCGAUUAUAUAGGGUUAUAGGAAGAGGAGCGCUGAGUUGCUGCUUAAGAGGAGCAACCCGUAUGUACACUCUCCUAUGGUUCGCAUGUUUAUUCCUGCAGAACAUUAUAGAGGGCUGGGCCCUCACCCGCCAGAGAGAAUUUGAUUGGACGGAGAACCAGUCGCCAUGGAGAUGGAUCGGAAAGAUCCUUUUUUAUCGUUUCCCUUUUCUCCGCUCUACCGCGGACCUUCAGGGGAGGUCCGUUCGUGACUGACUGACUGACUGAAACUUAAGUGGACUUUCGGCGGUGCCAUCAUUCCUGCGAAUAAUCUGUCUGGCCAAGUCCUCCCUGCGACUGACCUAAGCAGGCGCCAGUACGUGGGAACCAAGCAUUCCUGUGCCUCGCAUUCGCCAGCCAUGAAGGAAGGAGGCGGGCCAGGUAGUCGACGGGCACAUCCUGGCUCGUGUUUGGACUGAAUUUUAUUAGUUGCCUCAACCAAACCUUAGAUUUGUAAGGUUGUUUUUUUUUUCCAGGAGAGGGAGGGAGGGGGGUGGGCAAGCCUCAAUUGCCAAGCAGUUUAUUAAUAUUUUUUUUAAGAGAACAAUUUUCAUUUUUAUUCAGCAUUCUCAUUGUUCUCGGAUUUACUACGUUAAUGUGUUAUUCCUACAGCUAUUGCUACUCUCAUGUCAUUGUGGUGUACCCUGGUCCUCACUCCUCUUCCUCCUGACCGCUGGCAGAUGUUUCAUCCCAGCCAGCUGUUUCUUUCUCAUACCAGUUUUUUAAUAUCGUUUUUUUUUCCGGAGGCAGGCUACAGGGUGUGUCCGCGUGUGUGUAUGUGUGAGAGAAUGCGUGAGAAAACGAGAGAGAGAGAGAGAGAGAGAGGGAGAGAGAAACACACCUGCACAACUACUCCUCCAGUCUAGUUUUCCCUUCGGUCGCCAAAGAGUCAGCAAGGACCCUGUGGUGCUCUUUUUAAAUUAUUGUUCAUUUCACAGAGCGAAACAAAACUGGGACUUUUUUUACAUUUAGAAUAAGCAGUACGUUUUUAGACAACCCUGUAUAUCCUUUUCCGAUCACUCCCUCGCUAAGUUUGAUUCUAUAGCCUCACCACGUGUAUUGCUCCUUCCUCCACCUAUUUCCUUCCCUCCUUCCUGCCUUUGUCACUUUAUCGCUCUCUCUGGGGUCCGCCUUUCUUGGGCCGCCAGAGGGCGCACUGUGCGGAAGUGAGGGAAGGGCGAUUAAUCAAAAGAGUUGGUAGGAUUUAUUAUCGGUUGUCUUUGUGCAAGACUUGGUUGUGUUGUACAUAAUUACUGUAGGGUCGGUAGACUCGUUAUAUUAUUAAAGAAAAAUGUGUCAUUGACCAUAAGUUGAGUUUUAAAGACGCCCGCUUAUUGAAGGUAAAACAUGAAAUGGAAAAAAAAAAAACCAACAAAAAAACCACAGUAAUAAAUAUGGAUAUUAACGUUUUUGUGUUAUACUCCUUGUUUUGCUGUCACAUUACCGCAAGAGAGGAAUUUCUAUGAAUAAUUUAAGUUUGUAUCUGUAUCUUUCAGUAUACAAAUAAAAUAGGUGUUGAAUCGAA